GUUAACUACGACUACGACGCCAUGCGGAAGUCAGUAUAAGCGCUCAGGUUCUCGGUGUAAGGACUAAAGACAGUCCUACCCACGUCGGGUUCUCAUUAUGCCAGGCGGCGAGGGGUCCAAUACCCCGAUCAAUUUUAGUGAUGUCCGACUACCAUCGGGUGUCACAAGUGCCGAUGAAUGUGCAUCAAUUAAUAAUUCAGAUGGCGGCGAGGGCGAUGCCGCGAUGACAAUCACAGGAGAUGGUAUUAGAAGAAGAAAGGUCAUACGAGCAGCUAAAGAGACUUUUGAUAAGGCUUCCCGUCUCCUGAGGCGUAAAAUACCAUGUACUGGUCAUCUGAUGACCCCCCGCCGCCUCUGGAUCCAAAAGGUUCCAACUCAAGAAUGCGACGUUGUUGUCAUGUUCCCAAGCGGCGCAAACGACGAAACACUCAUGUGGCUCCUUGGAAGACUUCGAGCUGGAACUCCAGGUCUUGUCGUUCACGUUAGACAUCACGCGUCUUCAGAUAGUUAUGGAUUUUAUUUGACAGCACCAUUUCCAGUAUUGCUAAAGGCUGCAGAAGAAGUACAUCUCCCAAAAGCUCUAUGUCAAGAGUAUGGAGGAGGGUUGAAAGAAUUUAUAGGAUCUGAAGCAAGUUAUUUUGAGGGUAGUGAUGAUCAAACAAAUUUCUUCACAACUCAAGAAAGACAGUCCUUGGUGCUACACCUUCUCAACACACUACGUGCAACUCAGCAAGACCUAUCAAGUCUUCCAGGCAUCAAAAUAGUCGAGGGUCAGGCCAUUAUUCCUAAAUGCAUUUCAGCUGGGAUCAUCUCUCAGGUCUUCCCGCUCCAUGAGCUGCCGGCUUUGGAGAAACUGCAAAAAAGUUGGGUCAGAGCUUUUUGCAGUCCUCAGCCACUCGAUGACAUCUGCAAAUACUUUGGUGUAAAAAUUACUAUGUAUUUCGCAUGGCUUGGUCAUUACACCACCGCCCUAGUCGUUCCUGCUGCAGUGGGUGUCAUAUAUUGGGUCGGCAUCAUUGGCAGGAACCAAGCGGUGGAAGAUGUUGCAUACGUCCUUUUCUCCAUUUUCAACGUCAUUUGGGCAACCGCCUACUUAGAAACGUGGAAGCGCAAAGGCGCAGAAUUGGCCUACAAAUGGGGAACUCUCGAUCAAAGAGAUGAUUUACUCGUUGAACCAAGGCCUCUUUUUGUGGGGACACUGCAAGUGUCACCAGUAACGGGAAGACUGGAACCAACUUACCCCAAUUGGAAAAGAAAUGCUAUUCGAUAUUGUAUAACUGUUCCUGUUAUUGCUGUUUCCCUUUUCUUCGUUUUCAUUGUUAUGAUUCUUAGUUUUCAAAUUCAGGAUUGGUGGGAUGCUCGACUAGAAGCAGCAGGAUAUGGUUUUUGGUUGAGUUACGUACCAAAAGUGCUUCUUGCGAUAGUGAUAGCAGUGAUGGAUGAAGCAUACUUCAAGAUAGCUGUUUGGUUGAAUGAUUUGGAAAACUAUCGCCUUGACACCGAGUACGAGAAUCAUCUGAUCUACAAGGUGGCACUGUUCCAGUUUGUCAACUCCUUCCUCUCGCUUUUCUACAUCGCUUUUUAUCUUCAAGAUCAAGAAAGACUAAAGGAACAACUGGCAGCAUUGUUAAUUGCUCGACAAGUAAUCAGCAACCUGAAAGAGUCUGCAAUUCCGUACCUGAUAGAGCAGUUACGACUGGCGAGAUUAAGUUUCGAAUUGUUUGGUGCAUUAAGUCCAAGUGAAGCACGAUCACCGCCUAGUGAAGAACAGCAACCAGAUUCAAAGCCACAAGAACCACCAGCAGAUGACAAUGAUGAGAAAGAGGACAAGGAAGGCAACAAGGGAAAACAGCCGAGAACUGUCAGUCAAGCGGAACUGGAGAGUUCACUCUACAGAGUAGGACACUCUGCUAAUUCUCUGCUUAGUGACAUUUCUUUGAAGUACGACGGGGCAUUUUCAGAACAUUUGGAGAUGCUCUCCCAGUUGGGUUACGUAUGUCUAUUUUCAUCGGCCUUUCCACUAGCAGCUAUGGCAGCUUUGUUGGGAAAUCUUCUGGAGCUCCGCGGGGAUGCAUUUAAACUUUGUUUCGUCCUUCAGCGUCCAUUUGGACGCCGUGUUUCUAGUAUUGGUACAUGGCAAAAUGCAAUGGAAGCCAUGGGGCUAGUUGCUAUUUUGGUAAAUUGCGCUCUAAUUGGUCUGAGUGGUCAGGUACAGCGAAUGUUUCCCGAGAUGUCAGCGACUCAAACGAUUUUAUUAAUUGUUGCCUUGGAACAUAUAAUGUUAGGGAUUCGAUUUAUUAUUACUUGUGCAAUUCCUGACAUUCCUAGUUGGGUGGCUACUGAAAUGGCAAAGGUUGAAUUUUUACGACGCGAAGCUGUAAGAAGACUGUCAUCAACGCCAUCACCUGACCAGCAGACAAAAACAGUCAUAGCUUCAAACUCAGGGAGAUUCGUCGUGAGUGCGGCAGACGGUGAGAAUGAUAGAAACAUUGAUCAUUCAUCAGAAAAAAAUGAAAUAAUGGCUAUGAGCAGCCACACAGAAGCAUCAGAUACUGCUCCAUCAUCAUCAUCAGUAACGCAUACACCAAGUAGUCCACCAACUCCUGGUAUAUCAAUGCCUAAAAUAGUUGGAACACCUCCUCCUACUCUAGAGACUCCAGGAAGUGCCGGAAGUACAAGUGAUACUGGAAGUCCUUUCCCAAAUUCCAGCACAACUGGUUCACGAGAGGCUCAUAAUUCUCCAAGAUGUUCAAUUCCUGGUGGCGAACGAGGCCGGCGCUCCAGAGACUGGUUGACAAGCGAGCGAGAGUCCUCUCCUGGGACAGAUCACUACAGUCAUCACUUGACUAUAGGUCCCCAUGGUGGUAUAGAUUGGGUUCGAAGACUUGGCCUCGAGGGAACAGGUGGAAGGAAAUCUAGUGAUUCCGAAAUCAGCGGUAUCCCUGAAAGUAGUGUUGCAGAAGACGUUGCUCUACAUCGGUCUACUGAUUGUAUUGUUUCUAAAGAGUUGGCUUCCUCUUCGGAUAGUGACCUCCUUCGCAGAUCCGCCCCGCCAUGGAUGAUGACCCACAGAAACCAAAAAUUCCGUUUUUCCCCCGAGAAAGAAAGAGCACGUGAACGGGAAAAACAGCAGCAUUCAUCAUCACAACCUACUCAGCAACACUCUUAUCAUCAUCUUCAAAAAGAAUCGACAGACGCCCGUGAUCGACGUGCAUCAGGCCAUGAAGCUAGUGCAGUUAGCAGUGGUGGUGGUGGUCUUUCCGAUUCCACCCGUACAAUAUCUAGCCAAGAGGAAGAGAAGAUAGCAGCAAAAGAUGAGCGAGAAGCAAAGAAAACUAGAGUAAAGCAGAGUUUAAUGAAACGAGCCCGUUCAGUAGCGAUAUUUUCAUUAAAGUUAAAGGAACGUAGAGCUCGUGAAGCAGAAGUAAAAGCUAAAGAAGCUGAAAGAGAAGCAAGAUGGCAGCAACCACAGUCUUGUGUUGGUGGAGAAUUGUCGUGUAUACCAAUUGAAAAACUCAUAUCCGUCGAUGACAUCGCUGCAAUGGAAGCUCGCAGAUUAAAUCAUUAGUUACAGCAUAACAACAUGAUGCUCUCACAAAGUACAAUCAAUUUAUUUCCUGUCGCUAUGUAGAGAAGAACAUAAGUAUCAAAGGUUUAACAAUUGACUGGUAGCGCGAUGGAGAUUGGACGGAAAACGACGCACAAUGAAUUCGAGACAUCGAGUAUGGUUAUGUAACGAAACAAUUAUUCACGCUUUCAUAUAUCCUAACAUUUAGAUAAAUCAAUUCACUAGAACCUGCACACUUUUUUCCUCACCCUGACAUUUUUUACAUUGCAUAACUUGUUGAAACAUCGAUCAGAAUUGAAAUUGAAAGAAAGGAACAGACAAAUUAAAGAAAAAACCUACAGAAUAACUGAUAAUUAAUAAUUAUAAAUUAGUCGAUAGUUGCUAGAUAGUCAAAGCGAAUUCGUAGACAUAACGUCCAGAAAAUUUUUGUAAAGUUAUAGUAAUUAGUAGCUUCGUGAUAACUGAGAGAAGAAAAAAAAUGAUUCAGAUAAAAAAGAGUUAAAUUUCGAUUGUUGUUAUUGUUGUUAAACGCUGAAGUCUAAGCUGUUACUUGCUGUUGAAUAGACAAAAUGUUUUAGCAAUUGACGAGGAACACAUGAUAGCAUUAAAGACUAAAAUAAAAACCCGUAAAUUAUUUAUUUUUCAAAUAAGCCUGAUACUGCAAAUUGGUCUGUAUAACAUUAUAAGCAUAAGAAUUUAUUUUUAAUGAUUAAUGAAUCUUCUUUUGUGAAUGUAGUGGAAAAAAAUAUUUUUCUUUGCAAUAAAUAAUUAUAAAUUAGUUAGUCGAUAAUAAAUCAUUAGAAUAAAUUAAUUUUAAAGACAAGCUAUUAAUUUGGUGUGUCACUUAAAAAUAUGUUAGUUUAGAAUAAUUAAUAGCAUUCUGUACAUAAUUUAGACGUUGAAAUGGAAAUUUUCGUAAGUUAAAGAUUGAUUUUGUAAAACUGUUAUAUCAAAAUUAGUGCAUAAUUGAUGUCUAAAAGAAAAAAAUGUAAAAAAAAUUUUAGAUAACGCUUACGGUCCAUUAAUGAUUCCUUCCAAUUACAUUUGUGUUGAAAAUGUUUGAUAAAAUAAGAAUAAAAAAAGAAAACCAAAAUAGCAAAAAUUUAUUUGAGAGAAAUCCAAGCACGUUAAUGAUGCGUAUGUCUUUAUUAGAUGUUUUGUAUAAAGAAAUGAGCAAAUAGAGAACAGAAAACUAUUAA